AUGGAUUCCUUGACACUAUUCGUCUCCUUGGUGGCAUUACCGUUGGGACUGCUGGCCUGGCGAACUGUGUACCAUCUGUACUUCCAUCCGCUGUCCAGGUUCCCCGGUCCAAAAUUCGCUGCUGCAACCUCUCUCUACGAGUUCUAUUAUGAUGUGAUCAAAAGCGGCAUGUACAUCUGGGAGAUUGAGCGCAUGCACGAGAAAUAUGGUCCAAUCGUCCGCAUCAAUCCGCGAGAAAUACACAUCAAAGACUCAAACUAUUAUGACGAAAUUCACGCCGGCGCAUCGCGCAAACGCUCCAAGGACCCUAAAUACGCCAUAGCCUUCGGCGCCCCCAACUCCCUCGUAGGAACAAUAACUCACGACCACCACCGCUUCCGCCGUAACCUAUUGAGCAACUACUUCUCCAAGCGCUCGGUGGUAGACCUCGGCCCAUCCAUCGAAGACAAAGUCGGUAAGCUAGUCGCGCGCUUCGAGCAAGCCCACCAAGAUGGCGAUGUGCUGCAUCUACAGCUAGACUUUGCUGCACUGACCGCAGACGUCAUUACCGACUACUGCUACGGCUGGAGCUACGGCUACCUAGACACCGAGAAGGGAUCGCGGAGCAACGACCUUGUCGACGCUGUUAAUGGGCUGAUGGUCAUGUUCCACAUCAACCGGUUCUUCCCGUUCCUUAUUACCAUUUUCAGGAAUGUGUCGCCUACCGUCCUGCGCUGGCUACAGCCGCAGAUGGCGGAUUUAUUUGAUCUCAAGGCUAGACUUAGACAGCAGGCGAGUGAUACUUUGCAGAAGCAGAGCUUGCGGAAACUUGACUCUGAGUCCAGGUCGACUAUAUUUGAUGCAUUGACGAACUUGCAGUUACCCGAGGGUGAGAGGACGCUUGAUCGGCUCGAGGAUGAGUCGGCGCUAUUGCUCGGGGCUGGUACGGAGACUACCGCUAGGGCUAUUACUGUCUCUAUGUUUUAUCUCAUCAAUAAUAAGGAGAUUAUGACGAAGUUGCGGGCGGAGUUGAAAACUGUGUUGCCGACACCGCUGUCUAAGGCUUCGUGGGUGGAUUUGGAGCAAUUGCCUUACUUGACGGGUGUAGUCAAUGAAGGUCUGCGUCUCAGUCAUGGCAUGACAGCCCGAUUGGCUCGCGUUUCGCCGGUCGAGCCCAUGCGCUACCAGGAUUGGGUUAUCCCUGCAGGUACUCCGGUCAGUCAGUCGAACUACUUCGUCCAUAUGGAUCCCACUCUCUUCCCUGAGCCAAAGAAAUUCGACCCGGAGCGUUGGAUCCGCGCUGCAGGGAAGGGGGAGUAUCUGAGUCGGUUUAUUGUCUCGUUUACUAAGGGGAGCAGACAAUGUUUGGGAAUGAAUCUUGCCUAUGCGGAGAUCUACUUAUCUUUAGCACAUAUUGCCCGUCGCAUUGACUUUACGCUGUACGAAACUACUACUGAUAAUAUCUGUGUUUAUCGUGAUUUGGGAAUCGGAUGUCCGAAGGUUGGUUUGUUUGGUGUUAAAGCUACGGUGAAAGGCCUUGUCGAGGAGUAA